AUGGAGGAUCCUGGCCUCCCGAGAAGCAACCCGACAGUCUCCCUCUGGCAGGAGCCCCCUCACCCUACCGUCGCUUCCAUCCAGUCCCCGACCUUGAUCCAACAGACCGAUUUCGUUGUCAUUGGUUCAGGCAUUACAGGAUGUAGUGUAACAAAGACACUACUCGAGCAUCCUGGUCUCGGCGAAAAUGUCAAGGCCGGCCAUGUUACCCUCCUUGAGGCACGGACGCUCGUGAGCGGCGCUACCGGGCGAAAUGGCGGUCAUCUUGUCACUGCUGCUGGCCAUACGUACGGAUAUCUUGCCAGCAUGUAUGGCGAAGAAAAUGCCAAGGAGAUUACCCGGUUCAGCAUCAUGAACAUUGACCACAUCUUGAAUAUGGUUCGUGAAAUGGACCCGGAACUUCAAGAGUACAGCCAGAUCAGAGAUCUCAUCAAGGUCAUGGUUGCCCGAGAUUCGGCUACAUGGGAGGCUUCAGUCAAGUCUGUUCGAGAUUUCCAGAAGGCCGUUGAAGAGUACAAGACUUACCACCGGGUUGUUGAGAAGGAGGACAUCAAAGAGGACGGCUUUGGAGCCAUCGAGCAUGCAGCUGGAGCAGUUUGGCCUUAUCGUCUGCUGACUGGAAUAUAUGCCCUCCUGUUGGAGAAAUAUCCUACGCGGCUAUCGAUUGAAGCAAACACGCCCGUAACCAACAUACAGUACGACCCGAUUGCCCAUGGGUACCCGAAUCAAUACCCAUACACCAUCGUUACCCCUCGAGGCACCAUCCGAGCCGGACAGGUCGUCCACUGCACCAAUGCAUUCGCGUCGCAUCUUCUCACGCCCUUGCGAGGCAAGGUUUACCCUUUCCGCGGUACCAUGUCUGUUCAGAAGGCUGGUUCGGCGCUCGAGAAUAAGGGAAAUUCCCGUUCUUGGAGUGGAAUGAGCCAGGAGUUGCUUGACCCAGAGACACGCAUGUACCACUCUGGGUUGUAUUAUCUUCAGCAAAAUGGUCGCACGGGCGACAUCUGGAUCGGAACUGAGAGCUCGUACCUACGAGACAUCCUCAAGAGUGAUGAUACAUAUGUCGCUUCUGAGUCGUGGGAAGCCUUGUCUAGAUUCCUGCCCAAAUACUUCUCAGAGGGCUGGGAUAAGGCUGAACCGGCGCAGAUCAAGGGUAUCUGGUCCGGCAUCCAGGGCCACACCGCGGACGGGCUUCCCUUGGUUGGAAGGAUCCCAGAAAAGGUCACCGGAAGACCGGGCAGUACCGGCGAAUGGAUUGCCGCCGGUUUCAACGGAUAUGGGAUGGACAAAUGCUGGUUAACCGGCGAAGCCUUGGCCAAGAUGGUUCUAGGCCAAGAGGUGGACGCGUGGUUCCCAAAGUGCUAUCAUAUUUCCGAAGAACGUGUUGAACACGCCAUGGCCAUGGCCAACCUACUCGCCAAGUUCGAUUCGAUUCCCAAGACCUCGCAGGCUCCGGCAGAGGGCAAGUUGUAG